AUGCCGGACGUCAAGAGGAGCAUCAAAAUUGUGACUGAACAAAAGAUCAUACCCGGCGCAGACAGUGGAGUGGAGGGCUUCCCCUUAAGACACUGGUCCAUGAGGAUUUUCCUUCUUCAUGCAGAUACCAAGCAAGAGAUCGAUGCGGACAUCUUUGAGUCGGUAACAUACAUUCUCCACGACUCAUUUGGUGACAAGGCAAGACAAGUCUUCAAGAAGCCCCCUUUUCGCGUCGCUGAAGAUGGAUGGGGCGAAUUCGAACUGCAAAUCGACAUGAAGGAUCUCAGCGGCAAGGUUCACAGCAUCAUCCACGACCUCAACUUUGCCAACCCCCGGUAUGAGACCAAACAGAUCAUCACCUUCAAGAACCCGAAGGGUGCCCUUCUCGACGCGUUGCGCAAUUCUGGCCCCAUUCCAGGAGAAACUGCUGCCAACGGUACGGAAACUGCUGGGAAGAAACGCACGAGCGAGAUCGGCGGAACACAGCAGAAGAAGAAGAAAGCAGACAGCAAGGCGAUUGACAUGGACAAGCUGGCGGAAGGCCUUCAGAAGCUUGGUGAAGAUGAUCUCCUCGUGGUUGUACAGAUGGUGCACGAUAACAAGAGUGACGACUCGUGGAUGCGCAACGAUGCCGAACAGGGUGAAUUCCAUGUGGAUCUGUACACUCUCCCAGAGAAUCUUAUCAAGAUGCUCUGGGACUUCACCACCGAGAAGAAUGCCAUUUCGGCAUCGGCAUAG